CAGACGAGUCCCAUCGAACCGACGAGACUUGACUGCACUGCUCUUUCCCCGAUAUCAACCGUCGCCAGGACGCGACGGUCUCCUCCUCCUCCUCCCAUGUCGAGCACCAAUUUCUCUAUUCAGGCGUCGCACGUUGCUCGCGCUCAUACGUGCUUGGCGGCCGCCGCGUUCUUGAGCGCUCUGCUCAUCGGAUCCCUUUUGCAUUACAAGAAAAUUGUGAAAAAUGGUGUUGCCGGCUACCCUCAGGAAUGGUUUCCGUCGGUCUCUGCAACUAUCGGAGAUUGGUACCCGGAACGAAACCUGUUCCAGAUACUCAUCGCCUUGACGUCCGGACCUCGCUUUGGACUAGUAGCUGCCCAGUAUCUGCUGCACCGGUCAUCUCAGUCGGCACUGCCGGUUCUCGUGUUCGUCUUUGGCUUGGUUCGGACACUAUCGUGUGGUGGAUGGGUGUACGUCACGUCCAGCGAUGACCACGACGUACAUGAUUUCUUCAUGAUCACCUAUAUGGUUUGCAACAUACCGUGGAUGCUUGGUGGUAUUGCUUGCACUCCCACGCAGAGUACGCUAAUACGUAAGAAACGAUGCAUUAUCGCAACGGCGUUCUUUGUAUCAAUUAUCCCCCUCGUGUACUUCUUCAUUCAGCACAAAGUUCACCGAAUCCCUGGAGCAUAUACGCGCUAUAGCUUCUUCGAGUGGGGUCUCAUCUUCUUCGAUGUCUUUUAUGAUUCCAUAGCGGAGGCGGAGUUCAAGGAUGCCGCUCUUCAAAUUUCCCUUAACUCUCUGAUAGUUAAGGAUCAGAACCACGAAGAAAUUCGCAAUGGAACUGUGGUUCCUGUCAAGGAGAACAAGAUCACAUCUGUUUCAACCCUUCCUCUUGACCGCGAGCCUGUAUCAUUUAAAAUGUUGACUGUGGUUCAAAAUCCUGUUGUAAGCCUUAUAUCCGACGUUUACUUAUCAUAUGUAUUUUGGUCAGUAUUCACGUCCCUGACACCAACGCUUUUCUACUUCUCCGUUUGGGAGUUGGGAAUCGCCGGUCAUGAACUCACGCUGCUGUCUGUUCUCUCACCGUUCCUUCUGUCUGUGUCCCCCCUUCUUCGUUGGGCAAGAACACGGCCCGCCCAGAUAUUUCUACAUUUCUUGUCAUUAUUUGGCUUGGCAGCGUACCUCCUGCAAGAACCUCUGCAACGCCUGUUUGUAGUCUCAUUCGCCACAUCGAUGGCUGUUCUGAGACAAACAGCUGAUUGGGCUGCUUCUGAUGAAUACGCUGUUGGAUAUCAAAGUAUAACUACAGGCCUUGGCUUUAUGCUGUCGUGUUUAUUGAAACACGCAAAUCAUUCGAACAAUCCAGUUUGGCCGUUCUUGAACGAGCAUUCGGGGGGCUACAACAAAGCAGGCAUCCUUUUUGCGCUCCUUUGCCUCCUAGAAUAUUUUUUUCGACAGUCUUUUGAACAGCGAGCCACAGCCCAAGUUGCCACUUCACGAGCAAAUCGUUGGCUGUUCGGUGCUAUAUCAUUGGGUAGCCUGAUUUUUACUUUACACACUCUGUUCUCCGAUCCAAGCACAACGAUUGCGUGGUCGUGGACCGGUUACGAGAACGGACGGCCCAGAGGUCCACAGCCGCAUCUUCAUGGCUCUCUAACCCUUGUUUUCCAGUCUGUAGGUUUAUUCACCGCAAUCCUCUUGUCUUCUGAUGCUGGUAAACGGUACAACUUUACGACGCAUCCUCUUUGGCUGGCUUUUGGCGCCGGCUCUUCAUAUGUGAUGUAUCGAUAUCGCAACUGGUUAGGGUACAGUGGAGGAUUGGGCCUAGCCUUUUUCGUCAUGUCGACUAUUCCGGCCAUUUUGCAGUUGGCUGCUGUUACGGGAAAAGUGGCCAAGACAUAUUUCACAGCUAUGCUGGUUUACGUCCUGCUUAGCUUAGCAAGUGUGUGGACUGUUGCCUAUGCCUUUGUUCCAGGUGGCGUGUAUCUGAGGGAAAGAUCGGACCUGGUCUUAAUCGCGCAAAUGAUGGGUCUUUCUCUGUCGUUUGUCCCGCCAAAGGGAAUACCCCAGCCUGUAGUGAUGGCAUCUGUUCGGACCUACGCUUUUCUGCUCCUCGGUUGCAUUUCCAUGUUAUCAGUGCUUGCAACAUUGUGUAGGAUGCCUUCUUCGGCCAUACAACCAUGGAGGGCUGGCCCGAGAGUCUUGCGCACAGGUAUCUGGACCUUGCAUUUCGGAAUCGAUAAUGCAGGUCGUGAUAGCCAACGGCGGGUGCGAGACGUGAUAAGAGAUUUAGAACUUGACGUCGUCGGCUUUUUGGAAACGGAUUUACAUCGAACGGUGUUUGGUAACCGGGACUUAACUAGGGUCAUCAUAGAAGACCUGGGUUAUAACGUAGACAUUGGUCCAGGGCCAAAUUCUCAUACCUGGGGUGCUGUGCUAUUGUCCAAGUUCCCAAUCAUCAACUCGACACAUCACCUGUUACCCUCUCCUCACGGCGAGCUCGCACCUGCAAUUGAAGCCGUGCUCGAUGUUUUCGGCACCUAUAUCACGGUUGUAGUAUCUCAUAAUGGACAAGAGGAAGAUCCAUUGGAUCGUGAGCUCCAGAGCAAGGAGCUAGCUCGCAUCAUGGCGUCAUCGUAUCCUAAACCGGUUAUAUUCCUUGGCUAUGUCGUGACAAAGCCCGGAGCCUCACGUCCGAGUCCUUAUGAGAUUUUGACUGUUGACGGUCGAAUGCAUGAUAUCGACGAAGAGGAUGACGAUCGAUGGUGCGAGUAUAUACUCUACCGAGGUGUUUACCGCACUUCAUAUGCUCGAGUGUCCCGGGGCAGUAUCACAGACACAGAGCUUCAGGUCGGACAAUUUAUAUUGCCCAGACAUGGUAGAACUGUCGUCAACGACACACACGAAGCGCAGUAUCUACGAUCCCAUAAGGAAGAUCUUCCAGAAGAACACUGGUUCCCAAUGGCGUACUACGGAAACAAAAGGCAAGGAGGUGUAAAUGGCCAUUUCUAUCAUGUGUUCGAUACGCCUUUGUAUUACCAGAUUCCAGAGGACGCUGUAUUAUGAUGACACCGUAUCUUAAAUUCGCGCUCUGACUGUUUUGAUUUUGCUUUACGAAUUAUUUGCAUUGUUGUUUUCCUAGGUACCGACCGUAUUAUGUAAUUAUACCCAAUGCAAUGCGAUGACAGCCCUUCUCAG